AUGAAUACAUAUAUUAUUAUCCAAUGUAUUUUCGGUGCCAUUUUUAUACCCAUUAUCGUAUCUGCAUCAGUUUGUCCAAUGGGAGCCACAUUUCCGGAGUGGAUGACAGGUUAUUUUCAUGCAGAAUUUGCAGAUGGUUCGUCAGCUAAUGCUAGAUUUGGACGUUGGUAUGCAAAUGUGACGUUCUCAACAGGUGAAAAUGGUACUCUCACGAUGACAGAAACUCUGCGAGAAGGUGAUGAUUUCUAUGUUUUUCACGAAUGUGUGCAGAUAUAUGACACUGAACCUGCACUACGUUGUUCACUGUUAGUACGUAAUGGUACUGGUUACAUAGAAUAUAUUCAUAAAGAUCCAGAACUGAUUCCAAUAUGUCCAAAAUCAAUAUCAUCAGCUGGUCUUGAGAUGGAAAUUGUUACUCGAAUUGAUUAG